GAGAGACGUCGUUACAGAAGUCGAGGAAACGUGCGCGCCAUCGUACUAAAAAGCUGCUGGCUCGUUUAAGCAGUGGCGUUCUUUGAUUUUUCUGGAGUGAACAGGUUGAUACCUUCAACGUAUCACCAACGUAUCACCAACGGCUUUCAGCGUAUCACCAGCCAUUCUUAUGUCCGUUUCGUUCGUCUGCCUUACGAUACAGAGUCAAAGCGUGCCGUGAAGGACAAGUGACAAUUAGGAGUUGUCCUCAACGUCACCACCCUCUACUGGUCCGUCACAUACCAUGAACAAAUUCCAGGGCCACGCAGUGACCGGAACUUUCUUCUUCCUUUUCGGAACGUGGUGGACCUUCGCGAUGUGGCUCAAUUACGUUCGCAAAAGGGAGAACAAGCAGCGUUACCUAAGCCGCUGUUCGUACGCGGUGCCCGGCCUGCCCAGAAAAUUGAGCAUCGAAGGCAUCGUCAAGAUCAUCGGCGCUUCCGUGUGCCUUGCCAGCGAUCUUUCCCAUAUAUUCAGAAUCGACCACUCCCUGAACGCAGAGAGCGUCCAGCAUAAUUCUAUGUACGCGUUCUUCCUGCUCAACGGUGUAGUGGACGUCAUGUACAACGCCGGGUUCCCGUUACCUCCGCACGCCGACUACGUGGCAUUGCUGCUCACCAUCACCUCCGAAGGCCUCAUGUUCCACUUGCACCUGCAAGGUAAACCUCUCCUCAACGUCAUGAUCCAUACUCUCUUGGUUUACACAUCAGUUGCUCUGGUGGUCUCCAUCGUAGCCGAGAUGUGUCGGCCCCGAAGCGUUCUGGCGUCCCUGGGUAGAGCUUACGUUUGCGUACUGCAUGGGACGUGGCUAUUGCAGAUCGGCUUCAUCCUCUACAAUCCGCUGCCUGGAUACAAACCCUGGGAGGUUGAUAGCCACAUGGACUUGAUGUUGGCCGCAAGUGUAUUCACGUGGCACAUGAUGGCUGUGCUGGUCUACGUUGGCGCGUUGGGCGCUGUGGCCUGGGCGGUGAACCGAACAUGCGGCAGGUUCUGCAGUGACGUUGUCUCCGUGGAUGCGGAGGAGGUCGGGGACCUCCAUGAAGCACUUUUAAAGCAUGGCGUAUGAAAUCACGGCAAGGUGAUCCUCAAGGUGCUUGUUGGCGACUCGGCGGACGACGAUGAACUUCAUCAUUGCUAAAGAAAGAGACAAACUUUGUUUAAGUAUCCUUGCGGGGGUCAAGGGUGGCGGGGCGCCUGGAGACGAGGCCCUCUGUGACCCCCCUUCCUCAGGUGGUUGCCAGGCCUUCAUUUCCGUGGUGAUUUUAAAUUUAGGGUUUGUGCUGUGUUUUAUUGUGUGAGUAGCUAGCUGCGGGACAGGCCCGUAUGAUAUUGUCAAACUAGGUGUGAGGCGCACCAGACGCCUUGCAUUGUGGCAUGUGGACGGCGGGGUAAAUCCGGCUGUAUAGCGAAGGACAGGGGAAAGUGCGUGUCUGUAGUAGACGCCAGCUGAUGGAUCGCUGCUUAUUGAAGGAUUUGUCUGGUAAGUGAUAACAGCAGUGACGGCACUGCCUUCCCCUUAGGCUUCUGCAAACAGCGUGAGAAAGCGAUUGAGAUUUGCCAUUCUGGGGCGUCAUUCCGAAACGAUCACUCUCGGGGACACCUUCACUUCCCAAAGUUUCUAUCGGAUUAGGCGCAGACUUGUCGCCGUCUACGAAGUACAACAUUUCUGACCGCCCGUGUUGGUAGUUUCCAGAGUCCAAACCGCUGUGUCCUACAGAUGGUGGGAUGUAUCGGGCAAUAUAUUCUCGCGAAAUCUCGCGGGAGUAAAGGUUGUCGCCGAAAGUUUACAUUCAGGAAUACGGCUUUUGGGUCUUAUUAUGUAAAUCAGGAGCUGGUGUCAGGAGCGGUACCUCCCAGCACAGAACUGAUUUAACAUCCAGUAAUGACAGCAGAGAAGAAGGGACCGCUCAAGUUUUCAGAUGAUGGGUCUCUGGACCAAAACUUUUGUACUAUUGACUAUUUCCUAAGAGUGAAGCUGUGUAUGACUAGGCUACCUUGUAUUUUUCCUGUCCCUCAACAAAAACGUACGUCUCACAUAUAUUGGGCAAACUCAAACAUUCUACACCGGUCACGAAUAGGUUUGACUCUGGCUAAGAACAUGUCCAAGGUUGUACGGGAGCAGAUCGGUGUGUACUAUGGCAACCACAAGGCCAUCGCCACCACUAUCACGACCAAAAUAGAUUGACUCACCGAUCAAGGCAAUUAAUGACCACUGAUCAGCACAAUGAAAGUCUGUGCGUAGCUUUCGUCGCGAUGACCACCGCUGAAGACAAUGAAAGAGCUCGUUUUUUUUCAAAUUUUUGUGUCACAUUUGCGUCGUGUGCUCAACCGCUUCUCUGGUUGUCCACCUUCACAGAGUGGAAUCACCCACAAUAUCUUGCCCCUAUCUUUGUUGCCACUUUAUAUAAUGGUGGAAUAUUAUCGCUCGUCAAGUACAAACACUGGCGGGUCUCUGCGCAACGCCACCUUGAAAUUGAGAUUGCGUCGUUUUGUUACGGGUCUUGUCCACCACGUGACAGCAAUGCCUUCACGGAGCAGAGAAUGCGACAUAAGAGAACUUUUUGUCGCGGUGAGUUGGUAUACGUUGCGCCUUAAAGCAAGUGUGAGCAGAGAAUGCGAAGCAGCCUUUUUGUAGAUACCAGAGGCCAGAGCUCGAAAGUUUAGUAAUGACAUGAGCGUGUCUAUAAUACUAUGUUGCUAUACUGUAUAGAAAAGGCAAUGAUCCACUUAUGGUAGUCUUUUACACAUCAUAAGUUCUCUCUUGCAUGGUGGGCUUUUAGAGUUAAAAUAGGAAAUGUUACUUCGUUAAACAUUGCAUGCUAAUUAGAUUCGUUCUUGUUUCAUAGCUGAAACAUUUUUUACGGAAGCGCUUCUUAAUGUAUUGCAUUAAUUUUGCUUAAGUUACGACAUGUACUGCGUCGUAACGUUUUCAGUUGCAUGCGUUUUAUACUUUGCACAAACUGAUGUAUAUUGUCAUGUAUUUGCAUAAUGUUCUUGUUUUGAUCUGUUUGCUUUUCUAUUGUAUUGUUUCUACUAGCUAUUCUGUAAUAUUUCCUUGCGAACGUUUCUUUUUUUAACUUCAUGCUGUAACUUGCAUUUAUUAUACGUAUGUUUAUUAUUAGUAGUUCCCCCUAACAGCUUCAUAGGAAUGGUGCCUACGGAUGUAAUAAACCUCACAAGUAAUGUACUAAGAA